CUCCGCCUUUUGCAUACGUUUGGGCUCAGUGGUUUUCCUUACUCCGCUGACGCAGCAGCUGGUGAGGCUGCUGCGAUCCCUGUCAGGCGACAUGGCUGCUCAGAAAAUCAACGAAGGCUUGGAGCACAUCGCUAAAGCGGAGAAAUACCUGAAAACUGGAUUUUUAAAAUGGAAACCAGAUUUCGAUAGUGCAGCUACUGAAUAUUCAAAGGCUGCUGUUGCUUUUAAAAAUGCCAAACAAUUCGAUCAGGCAAAAGAAGCGUAUUUGAAAGAAGCUGUCUCCCAUGAAAACAAUAAAGCUCUCUUCCAUGCUGCCAAGGCUUACGAACAAGCUGGUAUGAUGUUAAAGGAAAUGCAAAAACAUUAUGAAGCAGUAGAACUGAUAGAGAAAGCAAGUAUGAUGUAUCUGGAGAAUGGGACACCUGACACAGCAGCUAUAGCGCUAGAUCGGGCUGGGAAGGUAAUAGAAAAUAUAAAUCCAAGCAAGGCAAUUCAGCUGUAUCAGCAGACGGCAGCAGUGUUUGAAAAUGAAGAACGCCUACGACAGUCAGUUGAAAUGUAUGGAAAGGCUUCAAGACUUCUGGUUAGAGGUCGGAGGUUGGAUGAAGCCACGGCUUCUCUACAGAAGGAAAAAAGUAUUUAUAAAGAUAUUGAAAACUAUCCAACAUGUUACAAGAAAACUAUUGCCCAAGUCUUGGUUCAUCUUCACAGAAAUGACUACGUUGCUGCAGAAAAAUGUGUCAGAGAAAGCUAUAGCAUACCAGGCUUCAGGGAAAGUGAAGACUGUGCAGCCCUAGAGCAGUUACUAGAAGGGUAUGAUCAGCAAGACCAGGAUCAAGUGUCUGAUGUUUGCAAUUCACCACUCUUUAAGUACAUGGACAAUGAUUAUGCCAAGCUUGGUCUUUCCCUGAGUGUCCCUGGAGGAGGCAUAAAGAAGAAAUCCCCAGUUGCUUCACAGGGCAACGCAGAAGGACCAGCAGUAACGUCUCAUGAAAAUGAGGAAGAUGAUGAAUAUGCAGGUGGACUUUGUUAACUCCAAUUCUCUACUUUUUGCAAAUAUCAGACUUGCUAUUUCUGACUGUUGAGCAAUUUCAGAGGUACCUGAAUUGUCAUCACUUCAUUACAAUCAUGAAAAUGGAAGGAUAAUAAUGACUUGGCAGUUUUGGAGGUACGUAUUAAAAGCAUGGCUAUACCUACUACUUUGGAGCAUUUGGUGUUACAUUCUUAAAUCAACUUUACAGUGCUACAUCUACUUUAAUGAAGAAUUUGAGUACUGUAGCCUGCUGGAGAGAGAGAGAGAGCAUUUAUCUUCAGUAGUUCUCCAAAGUCUGUAGUUUCAGGGGCAUUGUUUGAUGUUCUUAGAUCAAAUCAAACAGCCCCGUAGUUUUGAAGUUUGAAGAACAGGAAGUUUUAAUGCAGGAGUGUUAUAAUUUUUUAAAAAGUAAUAAUUAUUUGGGAUUAUCUUUAUCUUAAAAAAUCUCUGACAUGUAUCAUAUCUCUGCUGUUCUUGUGAACUGUGUCUCUCUAAAAGAUAUAAUAUUGGGUGAAACAUGUCUCUCUAAAAGAUAUAGGAGCUCUGUGGGCCAAUUCCAAGAGAGCAUCCUGUUUUUCAGGAGUUUGAAUGUGGUAACUUUAUUGUCAGUGUAACACCUGUGGAUAAACUGUAGAAGAUGCCUGCUGAGUAUUUGGCUAGUAAAAACUUUUUAACUUUAAAAUAUUCUGCUGUUUGGCAAAAUAGGCCUGUGCAACCUUAAUUUAAAAAUAUUUACCAAUUAUUUAUUCCAUUGUUUGAUGUACAUCACAGGGGCAAGUCUAGUUAUCCAAUGAUGCUGCUGUUUUGAGUUUCAGUGUUUGAAUGAGUUCUUUGGCAUGAUUUCAGAUGUGCAGGCUGUUGUACAGAGGAACCUCAGCAGGUUUUAAAGGCUUCUGCAAAUUGUUCUUCAUAUUGUUCUGAAUAACUCUGUAAACUACUAAUUGUACAGAGAUGAGCAAUAUGCCACAGCAAAGGAUCUUGAAGUCUUUUCUCUAACAUUCCAGUAGUAGUUUUUUGUGUAAAAAUGAACUGACCUUACAUCAGGAACACCAAUUCCCUUUAAAUGUUUAAAUCACUAUGGAGUAAGGUAGUACAAAGCAUAGUAAUUUUCCCAGUCUUGAAUGGAGAAGGCAACUGCCUAUUUAUGUACUGUCUAUGUGUGUGAAGUGUAAAGCAGAGCACACCUUAGUGGCUAUGGAUUGGGGCAAUAAGGAUCCUGAGAUGGAGUCAUGUAUUCUUUUACGGGUAAUAGAGGGAGCAUAGUUUUUGUAUAGCACAGACCUGCAAUAGGUCACAUUGAGUAAGAAUAGUGAUUAGGCAUGUGCAAUUUCUCUCUCUCGAUGUUUUUUUGUUUGGGUCUAUUGGAUUAAAAAAAAUUUCAGGAUCCCCCCCCCCCCAAAAAAAAAAAAAAACCUGGAUUCUGAUACAAGUAAAGUACUUGGAUCUGGGAUUUUUUUAAAUUAAAAGCCUUCCUUUUUCACGGUACAUGGAAAAUCCAGGGACAUAAAGUAGAAGAUGUGAGAAGAAAGUAAUACCAUAAGACUGGAUAGCAGUGAUACUGUUAGUACUGAAAUUUGCCAAGGUUGAUGUAGCUUGCAGUGGGUAAUGUCUCCACAUGACUUUUAUUUUAGCUAACAAAAUGUCAUGGAAAUGCUAUUGCCAUUAUUAAAAAAAGAAGUGCUUAGUUUGUGUUAUAAGCAAUUUGCACACUACUUUUGCCUCCAAUGGAAAAUUCAUUAACAAGGAACUUUUGGAGAUUAAUGCCAACCUUUCAAGAGCCAAAACAAGUACUGGUUUGCACGAAGAUGCUAAAAUGUAGUCCAAUGUUAUCACGUUAAACGACAAUAAAUGAUCAAAUAUGACUUAUUUGUACACUCAUAUGCUGUGUAAACUGUGUUUAUGCAAUGUGAAACCUGUGCUUUCAUUGUAACUUUCCUUAUCCAACCUGUGGGAUGCAAUAGAAUAUCAAACAUGUUGUAAUUGCUCUUCAGAUGCCAUCUCUAAGAAAAGGCAUUGUAUGUCACAGGUAAAAAUAAAAACUAAAGUGGGUAACCUG